AGAAGCGCAGGGAACUUGGAGGAGUGAGGCAUCGCGUUGUUGUGACAUAUCUCUGCAGUGCGGACUUUAGUACAGUGUGUCCUCUGCUGCGGAGCUUCUCCGGUCCCGGUGCUGCGGUGUCCGCUCCUCUCCUUCCGGCCCCCACACUCCCAGUCACAGGCACCGGGUGGCGGAGAGGCGGCCGCCGGGUCAGAUCAACUGUCACUGACAAACUAUACGCUCACCGCGGACACGUCUGACCCGUCCGCUGCGGUGGUGCUAGCCCCGGCAGCUAAAGUUAGCUAACCUUCCGUCAGGGCGGUUAUGGUGACAAUAAAGUUAAGUGAGCCCCUCAACACAACUCCACGGGAACACGAAUAACAACACAUUCAGAGGAGAGUCAGAAACGACUUGCAGUGUUUUAUUUGGGGUUAACUUCUCGACUCCCACGCGGACUUACCGGAGCUAGCUAAUAGUGACAGAUGAUGCUGCUCUCCGCCACAACACGCCUUCUCGGAAGAGGGAAGACUUUGCUCCCUGACCCCGUGAGGAGGAUCUGCGUAGAAAUGUCGACCUCCUCCCUGGCCGGCAAGCGACUGCGGGUCCUGGUCGACAUGGACGGGGUGCUGGCAGACUUCGAGGGCGGGUUCCUGAAGAAGUACCGGGCGAGGUACCCGGGCGAGCCUCACAUCACCCUGGAGGACAGGAGGGGGUUCUGGGUGUCAGCGCAGUACGGGCAGCUGAGGAGCGACCUGUGUGAAAAAGCCAUCAGCAUCUGGGAGUCCAAAGACUUCUUCAUAGAGCUGGAGCCGCUGCCGGGAGGAUUGGAAGCCGUCAAGGAGAUGGCCAGGAUGGAUAACACAGAUGUCUUUAUUUGCACCAGCCCUAUAAAGCAUUACAAACACUGCCCAUAUGAGAAGUAUGCUUGGGUAGAGAAGCAUUUGGGCCAUGACUUUCUGGAGCAGGUCAUCUUGACCAGGGACAAGACAUUAAUCAGCGGUGACAUCCUCAUAGAUGACAAGCCUGAUAUUCUUGGCGUGGAGUCCAAACCGAUGUGGCAGCACAUCCUGUUCACCGCCUGCCACAACAAGCAUCAGUCCCUCAGCCCCUCCCAGAGACGCCUCCUGUCUUGGUCGGACGACUGGAGGGCCAUCCUGGACAGCAAGAGGCAGUGAGGGACGCUUGAACCCAAGAGCCACGGCGGCCUGGCUUCCUAGUUAGUUUCUGGUCGGGGGGGGUCGCCACCACCGCCAUGACAUCAUCACCAUACCAGUGGGUGUCGCUGGGAGAGGUCCCUGUCUUGCAGAAACUCUGAUAAAUAAGGUAAACUCAAGGACAAGCUGCUGGGAGUUGACAUUCACUUGAAGCACCACAAGGGGGCACUAUGAGACCGAGUGUGAAGUCAUGUCGACAACCACAUUUCCACUUCUUCUGGUACAACAUGUCACAACAAAACAAACGAACAUGGGGACACUGUGGAUACAUGGGAAGUCUGACAGAGCAGAUUGAACUUCCUGUCAGCUGCUACCUGUGUUCUAUUGUUAUGGUUUUUUUUAAGGAUCUUUCUGUUGACAUUUCUGUUCAAAGUCAAACAUGUUUUUUUUUUGUUGUUUUAGACACUCGAGUGUUUUUAUCUGUUUUUACAAAAAGGCUUAUCAGCAUUUCUCAGCACUGUGUUACAUUAGUGAGUCAGUCGACCACGAUUGGCUCACAACAACAGGACACUCCACUACACGCUAAUAUUUACACACAAUACAUGAACACAGGAACGUGACCUGGACUUCCAUUGUUAGUGUUUUAAAAGCCUAUUAUUUGACAUGUUUGUCAUCUGGGUGCUGUAUUCUGGUGCUUUUUCCACAAAGAUCCACGGUUCUUAAUUAAGCUGUUUUCAGAUUGUGAACUCCGGAGAAUGUCCACAUAAUGGGGUCCUGACUUUCUCCACAAGAACGCAGCAGGAGAUUCAUGCAGGAAACAGGACAUGACGUAUAAAUCCCGCUGGUGAGAUCACAUGUUUUUGGUCCCUUACGCACAUGGUAUUCACCAAUUACAGGUGUGAACGCAGUCAGAUCAGAUAGCGAUCCGAUCACGCCAGGCCACAUUCGGGGGUGUUCUGGGCCACACGUGUCCACAUUCUUUUAACGGUGUGAACACGAAUGCCUGAGACACAUAUGAAGGAACUCCUACUCAGAUGACGUCCUCUAACCAGCUGCAGUUUCAUGAAUCGAACGUUUAUUUUCUCUUCUCGUUGAUUUGUUUGUACCCACAGUCACGACAUCGACACUGAUCACCAGAGAGCUGUCCACUUGUGAUCGGAUCACAAAAACCACAUGUUGAUACCAGAUGUGUAGGGGGCCUUUUGUUUACAGCACAUCAACACUGCUUGCAGGUCUUGGUGACAAAAGCUCUCUUGGUCUUUCCAAGUUCAGAUCUUUUAUGUGUAUGACACCUCUUUUUCAUCCUGAGGUAUUUGUAUUCUUUUAGUUUUUGUUUUGCGUCACGUGUUAGAAACGACAUCAACACGCCCACUCUCCCGCAGUGGAUCUUAAGGAGAAUCUCCUGUUUUAUUCUCAAUCGCACGUUAUCCAGAGUUUUUACUAGAGAAUGUCCGCAGCAACUCACUCUGACAUUUACGUUCUCACAUACGGCCCCUCUGGAGAGUAUCCGGAGUUCAGUGCAUGUCUGAAAGCAGCUUUAAUAGAUUGAUAAGAAACAAAGUGCUAGUCCAACCCUCAGAAUUGAACAAAUACAUAUGCAUGUUGCCAAAACCAUCACUUGUGUCAAAAAAUGAAACUGUGUGUUGAAUUUAAACGAAUAUGAAAUUUUAAAAGAUGUCUAUGAAAAACAAUGAAUAUAAGAGUAAUUUAGAGUUUUAAAAAUUUAAAAAGACGAUUUAUAGAUGAUAUAUUUUCAGCUAUGUUUUGCUUUUACAUGCUCUACUUUCACAAAUAUUUUAAUAGUUUAUGGUUAAAUGCUUGUUGUUAAUAUGCACUGAAGUUACAGAGAAUAAAAAAGAAAACAGAACCACAGUGUCUUCAAAACACAAUAAGAUGUGUUUGUGUUUAUGUUUUGUGUUGGUAUUUUUUUAUGUCUUUUGUGAAUUUGAAAUGCAUAUCAACCAAAAUGUAUCCACAUUAUUUUUUACCACAAAAUGCUUUCAAACUCUUCUGAGGUGCAGAAAUUUAUUUCUGGCAGACCAGUCGUGAUUUUGCUGCAAUUGUGUUUUUUAAGAACAAAGCGGUGGAUCUUGAACAUACUGUAUGUAAUGGCGGGCAUAGUUCGAUGUUCUUUGUGCCUCUUCUCUUGUUGUUUGUACCUUGUUUCACCACGUUCAAAGUAAAGAGUACCUGGACCAUGGCAUGUCAUAAUUUGUAUUCACAUUGCUAAUAGUCACAAACUGCUUUCGACACAAGUUUGGAAAGCUCUCCACCCUUGUGGUUCAACGUUUCAGGAGUUUGUGAAAAGAGCCAAAUGUGACUCGGCCCUCGGUCCAUAUUCUAUCACACCAGGACUUUGCUGGUUCGAUGGAUCGACCUACUUGCACCCUUGAGUCGUUGCGUUUUCGUUAACGAUUCCUGUAGUUCGCGCCAAUUACAGUGUAAUUUCUAAUCAAACUCAGUUAGAGAAUGAAAACCUGCUUCCAUAACGAUCACACCUCUGAGAAUUACACAAGAAAUACUAUCAAGAGCCUACAUGGGAAUAAAUUUAAGUUAUGGCGUUUAUUAAGCAACUUCCUCUGCCUUGCGGAGAAGAGUAGGAGUAAUGUUAAAGAAUAACUCGUCAUAUAAUUCACCACAUGUAUGCAGAGGAGAGAGAGUCAGAGACAUUAAACAUCUGCCAGAUGUGGAUUCUUUGAAAAUAUACUUAUUUUCUAUAUUUAUUUUUCUUCAAGUUCAUUUGUGAAAAAACUUGGCUUUGCUGUCACUGAAGCUACUCGACAGCAUACAAAAAAAAGCAAGCACUGCACUUGUGUCAGUUGUACGUGAUCCAAUUUUGUCAAUAAAUGUCUCAAGUUUG